CUUUGGAUGUAAAAACAAAAUUGUUUAUAAAAUGGCUUCGAUGUUGAGGACGUACAUUGCGUCCUUAGUUAGCAAAUUUCAUGCCACUUAUAACCAUUAUUAUCAAAUUGUGCAAAUAUUGUCAAAGAAUAAUCCACCACCUUCUCUAGCAGUUUUAGGAAUUCCACAAAAUUCACAGGUGGCCCCAACUGAAAAUGAUACAUCUUCAAAGUCAAUAUUAGAUUCUAUUUUUGAUGGUAUUUUGUUAGCUGUACCCAAACAUAGAAGAUCAAUAGAAAAAAGACUCUUUAGAAAACACAGGUAUACCAGCUUUAUGGAAUAUGGUACUCCCAAAAACACUAUAAUUCCAUGCCUGGAAUGUGGUCAGUUCAAGGAGAAAGGGCAUCUGUGUAAGCACUGUUAUGAAAAGGUUCGAUUAGAAACCAAAGAAAUGCAGGCCAAAAUGGGAGAAGAUUUGCAAUUUAAUGCUCCUAGACAGGAAGUUGAAUUUGUGUACGAAGGUGAAAAAGCUGAAAACAAAAACACAUUUGUUGUAAAUAUGGACAAAUCAAGACCUAGUUGGUUCUCCAAACAUUUGCUAAAUAAAACAGGAUAUUGAUUUUACACAUUAAAAAAGUUAAUACAAA